GGUCCUGCAGCCCCAGGCACAGCAGCCGGGACUAGGGAAAUGCCCUGGCUCUGGCUGUUUUAAACGCCUGCUGCGCUCUGCCUGGCUCCACUGGUGUGUAUUGGGGGUGCAGCUCUCUGCUUUCCGAAAUGGCCGAGGCGUCAGAUAAGGCCGUUACGUACUACACCUUGGAAGAGGUCCAGAAGCACAACCACAGCAAGAGCACCUGGAUUAUCCUGCAUAACAAAGUGUACGAUUUGACUGCAUUUUUGGAGGAGCAUCCCGGUGGGGAGGAAGUCUUACGGGAACAAGCUGGGAGCGAUGCUACCGAGAACUUCGAGGACAUCGGGCACUCUACGGAUGCCAGAGAGUUGUCCAAAACAUUCAUCAUCGGGGAACUGCAUCCAGAUGACAGGGCAAAGGUACAGAAGCCUGCGGAAACUCUCAUCACUACAGUUGACUCUAAUUACAGCUGGUGGACCAACUGGGCGAUCCCGGCCAUCUCUGCGCUGGCCGUGGGCCUGAUGUACCACUUCUACAUGGCGGAAGACUAACCCCGUCCUCAGAAGCCAAUGGAAGGACGAUGGCUUUGGCUCGGGAAGAACGAGGCCUGAGUUCAUUGCUUCAGCCGACAGAAAUCUUCCCCUGAAGUAAUUUCACCCUCACAGCCUGUUUCCCUUCCUCCCACACGAGACACAAAACAAGCCCAAAGGAACCGUUCUCCUCUCUCUGCUCUCGAGCUUUUUGUAAUUCAUCAGCUUUAUGUUGCUGUUCCGUGGCUCCAUCAUUUACUUACUGUAGGCGCAGGUGUGACCUUGUAGAAAUAUAUCUGGCUUUUCAAAUACAAUACCAUGUGUGCCUGUCAA